CUUAGUUGCAGCGUCCCGGGUGGUGCGCAGCUCCAGGACCCCGGCUGCCCUCCCUUCCCNCGCCCUCCCUUCGCAGGGACCCCAGUGCAGCAGCUGGAGGAGACCAUAGACUACAAGGAGCAUUUCAACUGGCGUCUGGGUGAGAACUAUGCCGAGGAGUACUCGAAAGCACUGGAGAAGGGGCUGCGGGAUCCAGUUCUCUACUUGGCGGAGAAGUUCACGCCGAGCAGCCCCUGCGGGCUCUACCGCCAGUACCGCCUGGCGGGACACUCUGCCUCCGCCACGCUGUGGGUGGUGUUCUGCUUCUGGCUCCUCUCCAACGCUCUGCUCUCCAUGCCGGUCCCGCUCUACGGAGGCCUGGCUCUCCUGACCACCGCGCCUUCACGCUCCUCUCCAUCUUCGCCUUCACCUCCAUCUCCAGCAUGCCACUCUGCCCGCUCCGCCUCGGCUCCUCCACGCUCACCACUCACUAAGGUGCUGCCUUUUGGGUCACCCUGGCCACUGGUGAGGACCAAGGGGCGGAUUCCGGGAGGCUGGGGUGUCAAGGACUAUGGUAGCCAGGUGAAAGGGAGCUUGCCUCUCAUCCUGAACAACCCACUGCAUAAGCAGUUUGGAGCCCUGGACUUCACGAUCAGUACUAACCUUUGA